AUGAUGAAAGCGCUGCGGUUCCACGGACCCCAUGAUCUCAGACUCGACGAGGUGGAGGAGCCGACGUGUGGAUAUGGCCAGGUGAAGGUCCGGCCAUUAUAUGUCGGAAUCUGCGGGACAGACCUGCAUGAGUACUCCGCCGGCCCCGUGCUCAUUCCCGAAAAACCGCACCCGAUAACAGGCGCCAAGCGCCCCGUCACGAUGGGCCACGAGUUCAGCGGCGAGAUUGAAGAGGUUGGACCGGGCGUUCACGAUGACAAGUUGAAGCCGGGCCGGCGCGUCGCUGUGCGUCCUACUAUCUAUGACGACGAGUGUUCCUCUUGCAAACAGGGGGUGCGACACUGCUGUGAAAAUAUUGGGUUCAUUGGGUUGAGCGGCUACGGCGGCGGCAUGGCCCAACACAUCGUCGCCCCCUCCCGCCACUUCUACCCCAUCGAAGACUCCAUCCCCCCCGAAACAGCCGCCCUAAUCGAGCCCCUCGCAGUCGCCUGGCACGCCGUCAACAUCUCCCCCUUCAAACCAGGCAACACAGCCCUCGUCAUCGGCGGCGGCCCCAUUGGCAUCUGCGUAGUGCAAGUCCUCAAACUGAAAGGCGCAGGGGAAAUCAUCGUCGUUGAACCCAUGGACAGUCGGAAAAAGCUCGCCCGCGAAUACGGCGCAACGGUUAUCAUCGAUCCCGGCGAGGCGGAUGUCGUGUCGCGGACGCGCGAGUUCACGCAUGAGCACGGCGCGGACGUUGUGUUCGAUACCGCUGGUGUGGAGGCGGCGUUGAAUGGUGUUAUUCCGGCUUGUCGGACCCAUGGCGCGAUUGUGAAUAUUGCGCUCUGGGAGAGGGGUCCGAUGGUUAAGGUUAAUGAUUUGAUGUAUCGCGAGGUGCAGUAUAUGCAGGCUGCGCUUUAUGAUGAGAUGUCGUUUGUGGAGACUGUUAGGGCGUUGAGUGAUGGACUCCUUGAUCCGAGUGGAAUGAUCACUGCUACGGUGAAGUUGGAGGAUGUGGUGGAGAAAGGCUUCAAGGCGUUGCUCGAGGAGAGAGAUCGGCAUUGUAAGAUCUUGGUCGAUAUGCAAGCGGUUUAA